AUGUCAACCUCUCUUACAAAACGUUAUGGAUUUUCAAACAAUUUCACUAUAUGCUCCGGUGUCGAUUAUGCGCCUUGGGGUUCAGAUUGUCAGAGAUUUACUGACACUGUUUAUUCGCCGUCAAUCAAAUUGUAUCCAAAAUGUCACAAAAACGCUGCAUUUGCUUACAUAGUAUAUGAUUUUGACAAGAAUCUCAACAUCACGAGCAACGUUACGUACGGAAAUGGAGUUUCAGCAGGAUUUGGUGAUUUCGUCGUGCAUAACGGGUCUGAAUACGUUUAUUCCAAGGGGAUUUUUGGACCGAUGUUUAACGAUUCAUCAAUUAAAGAGUUUUCAAUUCCUAUACCAAAGCCCGGAAAUUACUGUUUAGCCAUUCAAUCUCUGAAGAAUACGACAAAUCAAAAAGAUUACGAAGUUAAGUUCAUCAUGUAUGGAAUGUAUAACCAAGAUUAUGAAGAUGCUGCUUUCCGUAUCGCACCUCUUCUACUGCCCGCUUUUUUUUCGGUAAUUUUGACACUUUUACUCACAAACUGA